AAGGGAGGGCAAUCGGAACUGGCUGCGACGCCGACGGCACUGAGUUUUGCCCUUAUCCAAUGCAUCGAUUGUUCAAGCCAGUUUGAUUCCAGCCAUUGCACCGAGCAGAACAGAGACAUGGCACAAGCAAAAGUACUGCCACAAUAUAUUGCCGGGCUGUCCGCAGCGUUUGGAGCCUUCUGUAUGGGCGCCAGCAUGGGCUGGUCAGCGCCUGUAGAAAGAAUGCUGACGGAGGAGCAGGCUUACGGAUUUCCAGUGUCCAGCGAUCAAUUUGGCUGGCUCUCCUCUCUUCUUACCCUGGGCGCGACUGUCGUUUGCAUACCAGCCGGAUUUAUUAUUGACUGGAUUGGCCGUAGACCGACGAUGUUGGCUCUGAUACCACCUUACAUGGUGGGCUGGAUUCUGAUGAUCUUUGGCCAGAAUGUGAUGAUGCUCUAUUUUGGACGUUUCAUUCUGGGCGUUUGCGGUGGUGCCUUCUGUGUGACUGCCUCCAUGUACACCACGGAGGUAUCUACCGUGGCCACGCGUGGAAUGAUGGGAAGCUUUUUUCAACUCAACAUUGUCUUAGGAUUGCUGUAUGGCUACAUUGUGGGCGGCUACCUUCCGCUGUUGACCAUAAAUAUACUCUGCGCCAUAUUACCUCUAAUAUUUGCCGCGGUGCACUUCUUUAUGCCUGAGUCACCCGUUUAUUUGGUCAUGAAAGGUCGGCCUGAAGAUGCAACCAAGUCUCUUCUUUGGCUGCGUGGCAAGGACUGCGAUGUCAGCUACGAACUCAAGGAAAUUCUCGAGGAGAGAACGAAGAAUGCGGAUGAGCCCAAGGUCAGCAUCUUAAAGAUGUUGCGACGUCCCAUAACCCUCAAGGGAAUUGGCAUUGCGGUGAUGCUGCAGAUUCUGCAGCAAUGGACAGGUGUUAAUGCCAUUACGUUUUAUUCCACAUCCAUUUUCGAGGAUGUUGGUGGCGGCCUGAGCGGUGUUGUGUGUUCUAUUCUGGUUGCAGUUACCCAGCUGAUUAUGACUCUUGUGGCCACGUUAAUAAUCGACAAGGUCGGUCGACGCGUUCUGUUGCUGGUUUCCUCCUUCUUCAUAGUCAUAACCACCUGCCUAAUGGGCGUCUAUUUCCAAAUGAUGGAGGAUGACCCGCGUUCGGUGGCAUCUAUAGGAUGGCUGCCUAUUACCAGUAUAAUCGUUUUCAUGAUGGCUGGCUCCGUUGGGCUUGGGCCCGUGCCGUGGCUUAUUAUGGCCGAGCUCUUUACUGAGGACGUCAAGAGUGUCGCCGGCUCCAUUGCGGGUACUGCCAGCUGGUUUUCGGCAUUUUUGGUCACAAAACUCUUCCCCCUUAUGAAGGAUAAUAUCGGACCAGCGGCAACAUUCUGGGUAUAUUCCGGCAUUGCAUUCGUCGGCUUCGUGUGGACGCUAAUUUGCGUGCCGGAGACGAAAGGUAAAACGCUUCACGAGAUUCAACAGUUGCUCGCUGGUGGCAAGAAAUAUAAUUCAAUGGAGCAUACAACAUUAACAAGCCUUUCCGGCCGCAGUGAAGUAUUCAGUUUUAACCUCCGCACUGAAAGUAAGCAUCAACAAUUUUCUACCAGUUCAGCAAAAGUUAUUAAUUGCCGUUACAGCUGAAAAAUCUAAAUAUCAGAUAAAAUAUUUUUUGAA